CGCUGUGACGUGCCGUCUGAGAGGUCCUGGGACAGCGAUGGAGACGCCUAGCGCGUCUCCCGGGGCCCUAUUGCUCUCCACCGGGUCCCGGCCCGGGAGGAAGCGGGCGGCAGGGGAGGCCGGGACUACGACGAGGAAGCAAAGGGUCUUGGACGAGGAAGAGUACAUUGAGGGCCUCCAGACAGUCAUCCAGAGAGACUUCUUUCCUGACGUGGAAAAGCUGCAGGCACAGAAGGAAUACCUGGAGGCCGAGGAGAGUGGAGACCUGGAACGGAUGCGCCAGAUUGCCAUCAAGUUUGGCUCUGCUCUGGGCAAGAUGUCCCGAGAGCCCCCGCCGCCCUAUGUGACUCCAGCCACAUUUGAAACCCCUGAGGUGCACACGGGCGCUGGAGUGAUGAGCCACAAGCCCCGGGGCCGGGGCCGGGGCUUAGAGGAUGGCGAUGGAGAGGCCGGAGAGGAGGAGGAGAAGGAACCCCUGCCUAGCCUGGAUGUCUUCCUGAGCCGGUACACAAGCGAGGACAACGCCUCUUUCCAGGAGAUCAUGGAGGUGGCCAAGGAGAAGAGCCGAGCACGCCAUGCCUGGCUCUACCAGGCCGAGGAGGAGUUUGAGAAGAGGCAGAAAGAUAAUCUCGCCCUCCCAUCGGCAGAGCUUCAAGCCAUUGAGAGCAGCCAGGCUGGUGUGGAGACCUGGAAGUACAGGGCCAAGAACUCCCUCAUGUACUACCCAGAGGGUGUCCCUGAUGAGGAGCAGCUGUUUAAGAAGCCCCGGCAGGUGGUGCAUAAGAACACUCGAUUCCUCAGGGAUCCCUUCAGCCAGGCCCUGAGCAGGUCCCAGCUGCAGCAGGCCGCUGCCCUCAAUGCCCAGCACAAACAGGGCAAGGUGGGCCCCGAUGGCAAGGAGCUGAUCCCCCAGGAAUCCCCUCGCGUCGGCGGAUUUGGAUUCGUUGCCACCCCUUCUCCUGCCCCUGGUGUGAACGAGUCCCCGCUGAUGACCUGGGGGGAGGUUGAGAACACACCCUUGAGGGUCGAAGGAUCGGAAACUCCUUACGUGGACAGGACACCAGGGCCAGCCUUCAAGAUCUUGGAGCCGGGCCGCAGGGAGCGGCUGGGACUGAAGAUGGCCAAUGAGGCCGCUGCCAAGAACCGGGCCAAGAAGCAGGAGGCCUUGCGGAGAGUGACGGAGAACCUGGCCAGCCUCACCCCCAAAGGCCUGAGCCCAGCCAUGUCCCCAGCCCUACAGCGCCUGGUGAGCAGGACGGCCAGCAAGUACACAGACCGGGCCCUGCGGGCCAGCUACACACCGUCCCCAGCACGCUCGACCCACCUCAAGACCCCAGCCGGCGGACCCCAGACCCCGACGAGCACACCGGCUCCGGGCUCUGCCACGCGCACCCCCCUCAGCCAGGACCCAGCCUCCAUCACAGACAACCUGCUGCAGCUCCCUGCCCGGCGCAAAGCCUCAGACUUCUUCUAGGGCCAGGCCCGGGCCGGGCUCGUGGGAGAUUCGUGGAGCCCGCAGAGCAGCUCUCCACCCAGCAGAGGACUCGAGCCUUCUGGGGACCCAGGCCCGGGCCAAAAGCAGUGACUGUCCCAGGAGCCACAGAAGAAAGGUGCCAUGUCACAGCCAGGCUGGCACAGGACCCACCCUAUGGCCCUUGUGCAUCCCAGGGCUUUCCUAGUACUUUUUUCUAUGGAACCCAUGCCCAUUUCUAUUUAACCAGAAUUAAAGAACUCCU